AUGGGACGUCUCUGCAAACUUCACAUCCAGAAUGACUUCAAGGAGUUCUACACGCCACAGGUGACCGAAGGCGGCGUCGUCUGCAUCACCCGCUGCGACGCUCGCCACAAAACGCCCCUGCGCUGCGUCUACGGCAGCUGCUCCAUGACCCGGGCGGGGCCGGAGUGCGAGUGCUCAGACCGGGCGGCCUUCUGGUACCAGGACCAAGUCUGCAGAUCCCGCAUCAGCAAGGUGGGGGUGGCCGUGGGCGUUCCGGUGGCCAUCUUGGUCCUGGUGACCAUCGUCUUCGCCAUCGUCCUGCUGAGAUCCCAGAGGCAGAAGGAAGAGUACAGGAAUAAUCUGAGAUCCCGCUCGGAGCUGUACGACAGCGAUGACGGCAACUGGGACGCACCCCAAGGCUUUGCCGUGGGCAACCCGGCGGCCACCUGGGAAGACAUGGAGACCCCCAGCACCAGCUACAUCAACCUGGAGAGGGUGGACACCUCGAGGAAUAUCCACAUCCGGAGACCGACCGUGGUCCGCUGAGUGGAGCCACCUGAGAGCCAGCGGAGACGGGACAUGGGGACACGGGGAC